AUGCCAUGCCGCGUGCCAUCAGAGCAUCAAGCAAUCACUAAACUGUCCACCUGCAACAAUUCAACACCCGGCGAUGUGUUGUCAAACGUGCCUGCGAAACAAAUCACGCGUCGGACGACGGGCUCGUCUGCGGCGCUGCCUGCCACGCUCGACCAAGACAUUCUGACGGAUGCUUCCACUGCGGCAGCUGCGGAAAACAGCUUUGUGCACGAUGUGUACAAUGCCAUUGCCGAUCACUUUAGUGACACGCGCUACAAGCCGUGGCCCGUGGUGGACGGGUUUCUCGGCUCGUUGCCUGCCGGUUCGCUUUUGGCCGACGUUGGCUGUGGCAACGGCAAGUACCUCGGCGUCAACCCAUCAGUCAUGGGCAUUGGGUGCGAUCGCUCUGAUGCCUUGAUUGGGAUUUGCAACAACCGCGGCUUCGAGUCCCUUGUGGCCGACAACCUCAGCCUUCCGUUCCGGAGCGGCCUGUUUGACGCCGCCAUUUCCAUCGCCGUCAUUCAUCACCUCGUCACGGAAGAACGACGCUUGGCAGCGAUGGCAGAGAUUGUGCGCUUGCUCCGCCCUGGCGGUCGGCUGCUCGUCUUUGUCUGGGCGCUUGAGCAAGACAAGUUUGGUUCGAGCAACACCACCCAGGACCUCUUUGUGCCCUGGAAACUCCGGUCUUCGACGCCCGCGGCCACUGCAAGCGUCGCUCCGUCGACCGCACAAGAGCCACGCGUUUUCAACCGGUUUUACCAUCUCUUCAAGAGCGGUGAGCUGGAAAUGCUUGCCAGUCGUCUGGCAAAUGUCCGCGUUCUCCGUUCUGGCUACGAUCGCGACAAUUGGUACAUUAUUCUCGAGCGCCAGUGA